AUGAUGCAUGUUCGUCUUCAUCGCCCAUCUAGUAAGUGGAAAGUUGUAACUUUUAAGAAGGCCCACAACCAUGAGUUAACGCCUCUAAAAUUUAUACACAUGAUGCCUAAAUAUCGAGGCAUGAGCGAUGGUGAUAAAGCUCAAAUUGAUAACCUACAAUUGCAUGGUGUUAGAACAUGCAAUAUAAUGGGUUUGAUGAUGGGAGGACAUGCGGGAGUUGGUUUUCUGAAGAAAGACCUAUACCAUCACAUUGAUAAAAAAAAGGGUAGAGUAAAAGAUCGUUAUGCAGUUACUGCAUUAUCCUAUUUGCAGUCUAAGGCUGAGAAUGAUCCCUUGUGUUUCUUUAAGCAUACUAAAACAGUUGAUGAACGACUAAAGCACUUGUUUUGGUCAGAUAGAGGAAGUUGCUUUGAUUAUCAAGUAUUUGGAGACGUUAUCGCUUUUGAUAGUACCUAUAAGAAGCACAAGUACAACAAGCCAUUGGUUAUUUUUUGUGGGUACAAUCACCAUGAACAAACUACAAUUUUUGGUUGUGCAUUGGUCUUAGAUGAGACAAUUGAGACAUACAAGUGGGUUUUGAAGUCCUUUUCUAAGGUAAUGUUUAGCAAACACCCUAAUGCAAUUGUCACAGAUGGAGAUGGGGCAAUGCAAGAAGCUAUUAAGGUUGUAUUUCCAAAUUGCUCGCAUUGA